GGGGGAAUGGACUAACCACCGCCUCUGAUUGGCUUCUCUGAGCACCGCCUCCUCCUGUGAGACACGCCCACACUGAGAACCUCAUACAAUAAUUACAAAGUGAGUUUAGAUAGUAAAAUAGAAUGAGAACAGGAGGACUGCAGCACCCCAACACCAGGUAACAGCCCCCCAACACCAGGUACCACUGACUGCAGCACCCCAACACCAGGUACCACUGACUGCAGCACCCCAACACCAGGUAACACUGACUGCAGCACCCCAACACCAGGUAACACUGACUGCAGCACCCCAACACCAGGUAACACUGACUGCAGCACCCCAACACCAGGUAACAGCAUCCCAACACCAGGUACCACUGACUGCAGCACCCCAAUACCAGGUACCACUGACUGCAGAACCCCAACACCAGGUACCACUGACUGCAGCCCCCUAAUACCAGGUAACACUGCAGCACCCCCAAUACCAGGUACCACUGACUGCAGCACCCCAACACCAGGUACCACUGACUGCAGCACCCCAAUACCAGGUACCACUGACUGCAGCACCCCAACACCAGGUAACAGCACCCCAACACAAGGUACCACUGACUGCAGCACCCCAACACCAGGUAACAGCACCCCAAUACCAGGUACCACUGACUGCAACACCCCAAUACCAGGUACCACUGACUGCAGCACCCCAAUACCAGGUACCACUGACUGCAGCACCCCAACACCAGGUAACAGCACCCCAACACCAGGUACCACUGACUGCAGCACCCCAACACCAGAUAACAGCACCCCAAUACCAGGUACCACUGACUGCAGCACCCCGAACACCAGGUAAAACUGACAACAGCACCCCAAUACCAGGUACCACUGACUGUAGCACCCCAACACCAGGUAACACUGACUGCAGCACCCCAAUACCAGGUAACAUUGACUGCAGUACCCCCAACACCAGGUAACAUUGACUGCAGUACCCCCAAUACCAGGCAACUCUGACUGCAGCACCCCAAUACCAGGCAACUCUGACUGCAGCACCCCAAUACCAGGUAACACUGACUGCAGCACCCCAAAACCAGGUAACAUUGACAACACCAGGUAACACUGACUGCAGAACCCCAACACCAGGUAACACUGACUGCAGCACCCCAACAUCAGGUAACAGCACCCCAAUACCAGGUAACACUAACUGCAGCACCCCAACACCAGGUAACAUUGACUGCAGUACCCCCAACACCAGGUAACAUUGACUGCAGUACCCCCAAUACCAGGCAACUCUGACGUCAGCACCCCAACACCUGGUAACACUGACAGCAGCCCCCUAAUACCAGGUAACACUGACUGCAGCCCCCUAAUACCAGGUAACACUGACAACAGCCCCCCCAAUACCAGGUAACUUUGACUGCAGAACCCCAACACCAGGUAACAUUGACUGCAGCACCCCCAAUACCAGGUAACUCUGACUGCAGCACCCCAACACCAGGUAACACUGACUGCAGCCCCCUAAUACCAGGUAACACUGCAGCACCCCAAUACCAGGUAACAUUGAUCGCACCCCAACACCAGGUAACACUGACUGCAGAACCCCAACACCAGGUAACACUGACUGCAGCACCCCAACACCAGGUAACAGCACCCCAAUACCAGGUAACACUAACUUUAGCACCCCAACACCAGGUAACAUUGACUGCAGCACCCCCAAUACCAGGUAACACUGUUUCAGCACCCCAACACCAGGUAACUGCACCCCCAACACCAGGUAACACUGACAGCAGCACCCCAAUACCAGGUAACACUGACGUCUGCUGACCCUUCAAGCCAAAUUUUUUUUUUGAUUACUAUAUUAUCCCUUUAAGGCCAAAAUGGGGGGAAAGCCUCCAGCUCCAUUAUUUUGGACUAAAACUAGUAUUUUGUGUCUGUUAUUUACAUUCUUUGAAUGACUGACUUGCUGGUCAAGAUAACGAUGCUUUCUGUUAAUUCACUACGAGUUCACUCCUAGAGGCCCGACUGUCCUGUCUCCCCCUGCGACCAUGGACUGCCAGCACUACUUCAGAGCUGGUACACUGCCGCACCAUCCUGUGGCACACGGUCACAGGAUAACCAGCAGGAGGGGAGCGAUGUGCUGCUCCACUCCUGCCGCUGUCUGUAGCGUGGCCGAGCGGACUGCGGUAUGACGGGAAGUGCUCACUGAGAGGGGAUUGAGAUCCUUGAAGGGGAAGAGAAGCAUGGGGGGAUGAGACACAUGAAGGCUGGGAGGGAAUGAGAUGCAUGGAGCAGCUGUGGUGAGAAAUGAGACACAUGAAGGAGCUGGGAGGGGGGAAUGAGACACAUGUAGGGGCUGAUGAAGGGGACCAGAGCAGUUUGUUUAGCACCGGGCCCGGUGGUGUCUGGUUCCGCCUCUGUGAAUAACCCUGUGUAUAUGACCUGGCAGAAUAUCUCUUGUGAGGAUAGAUUUCUACCCCUAAGAAAGCUGUAAAGAAACUGCCAUUAAAUAAGAUUAAACUGGAGUUUUUUUUAGUGGAUAUAAAGCAAGUGUGAAAGAACUAUCUAGGAAGACGUGAAAUUUGAAUGAAGAUGGUACAUUGGGAUUUAUUUACUAAACUCCAAAUUGUGGUGAAUUAAAAACUGAAUUGUAGAAAGUUCUGAUUUAGAACAAUUUCCCGUCUCGGCUGUGGUUACAGCUUGCCAAUUGUUGCCAGAAUAUAGCAUUUGGUUUUUAGUUUGCUACAAUUCAGAGUUUAGCGAAUAAACCCCUGAAUCUCUUUCAACAUAUUAACUGAACAAACAGUACUUUUUUUUUUUUUUAGAGAAACUGACAGUUAUUCACGAAAUGGGAUUUUUUUGGAAUUCAAAGUGAGUUUUCUGAUAUAAGGCUAAAACAUCAAAAUUGGACAAAUUCAGUGAGCUAUGCCUCCUGUCCAGCGACUUUAGCCUUUGAAAUUGACUUUGAAUUCACUUCCUGACAAUUCUCAUUUUAGUGGAUAAUCCUUUAUAAGAACCCCCAUGUCUUAUCUUCUUGUUCGGAUACUGAAUUCCUCCUGUUUUAUGCUUGUGUUGUGAUGUCCUUUCGCACAGCAGGCUCAGUGAAAUGAUUUUUUUUCUUCCUACGAUCGUAUGUUCUCCUAAUGGUCCAAUACCUGUGCGCUUAGCAAUGACUGGGAUUGACACUAGAUAGCAGCAUUUGCCAAGUCAUGUCUGCUGGAAUGAUUGCAGUAUAUUGCAGCAUUUACAUCUUACUCAAAGAGUUCAUUGACCUAUGGGUUGGCUGUAUUUUCUUUCUACUUCAUGCAUUUAUUUAACCAUUUGAGGAUCAGUGUCCCCUUUGGCACACACAAUGACGGGGCACUUGAAAAUGUAAUAUUUUGCUAAAAUAUUAAAAAAUAUUUCUGAUAACUAAGCAUGGUUUACUGUUUCAUUCUUUUAGCCUUAAUUGCCACAUGUAACUUUUCUCUGGUCUUGUGCAAGUAGGAUGCUGGGGGAGGGGGGGAGUGAUUGAUGUAUCUGCCUUUUUUGUACGUUUUGGCAACUAUGGGUUUGGUGCCAGAUGGGUGCACACUAGAACGUGGAUAAAACCUGUACCAUAGCUUUUUUUUGUGUGACUUGUUCACAGACCAGCAUCAAUGAAACCUCCCCUGCUCCAGGGGUUUGUGGAAGAGACUUGGACGUGGAGUAGUGAUGGUCUGUCCUCGGACACAGAGCUGUCCCCAUGUAGGCGAGAUGUCUACUUCCAUACUGAUCCUGUUCUGGAGAGCUGUGGCACGGCCGGAGUACGUGGGAGCACAGGUUUGUUUAUGCCUGCUAUUUAGAUUUAUUUUUACUUGGGGUCCUAAUGGCACAUUUUAUAAUAUUUUACAUAUCUUUCUAAUGUCUUUUAUUUACUUCUGCCCAUUGAUGUUGUAAUCCUUAAUAAUAAUUUUGUAAUAGUUGCUCCUCUUUAUGUCCAAUGCUCUUCAGAAACAGAAAGCAUAUUUCUUCACUCUAGGAAGGGAUAAAGUGUAGCCUUACAGGUGCCCUAUAUCCCCCCUUCAUCCUUUUCUAACCAUUGUAAGCUUCUGCUGGGGAGCCAUAGAGUUCCAGUCUUUCCAGAUCCCUGUGUCCCGCGCUUUUACCCCAGGACAGGAAUCAACCCAAAUAUGGCCACUCUAUUCUCCAACUUGCAUCUUGUUGGUGGUGUGAGAGGAAUUGGUGAGAUCUGUUUGCUCUUUCACUGGGGCACAUCUCUCACCUUGUCCGUCUGUAUUCGCAGGAAAGGAAUGUUUUAAGCAGGACUUUACUUCCUGCCACACACCACAUCCUUGCUGGGUCAGAACCCAGACAGAACAUGAAAAGAUAGUCUUGCCAGAAGACAUACAGAACGCUCUCCUCCAACCCAGUAGUAUACUUCCUCAGCUGUUUCCUCUAAGGCUUGCAAAGCAUCAUGGGAACUGUAGUUCUGUAGCAAAUGGUGAGAUCUACUUCCUGGCCAUCUUUGCACUAAACGAGACCAUCAAUGGGUGAAAUAGGACAAGUCUGAGAGUGCCUGAGCAUUGAGCGGGCUACUUUAUUAUUUAUUAUUUAUGAUGAAACAUUGAUAGCAAGUAAUGUGAUGUAUCAUGUUUUUGGUAUUAUGUUUUGUGUUAUUUAAAAACAUUUUUUAAAUGUGGUGCAACAAUUAAAAUAAAUAAAAAAAAAAAAAAUUAAUGAAUUAAUUAUAAUAAAAGUGAAAUAAAAUCACAGUUUCUCCACAGGUUUUGUUCAGGGUGAGCACUACUGGGAAGUAGAGUUUUUGGAGCCAGCCUCUGGAUAUUCUGUUAUGGUCGGUGUUGGCACGAGUAAAGCUGCACUGCAUGCUGGGAGCUACGAAUACAUUAACUUAUUGGGUGAGCCAUAUGUUGUCUUCUCUUGAGAUGCUACUAACAGCUAGUUUAAUAACUAAACACAGACUCAGGGAAUAUGUGAUAAACCAGGUGUAGAGAACUAUGAUUCCCAUCAUGCUCUAUAUUUCAGCCUGGCCCUGCGUGAUGCACAUUGAAAUCACAACACGCCACCAUUGGACCUUACGCAUUAUUAAAGAAACAAGUAACAUUUGGUUAUAACCAUUCCUGCUUAUCCUUCCAUCAAUGAAAACAAUAGACUACGUUGCUUGCCUGAUGUAUAUAGCAUGUAAACUUGGUUUUACAUGAGUUUAUUUAAUAUGCUAGUAAUUGUGGGGAAUGAACAAGGUAAAUGCGAGAUUUUCUCUAGAAGAAUAGAGAUUUAUUUUUUCAGUUUGACACUUUGGGCCUAAACUUAUAAUUUUCUGCAAUUUCCAAUUUAGGAAAUAUUCCCCAAACACUGUGUCUUCUGCUACAUGUUUUUUUUAAUUCUGUAUGAGUCUUGUCUGAUGAGUACGAGAGACACAUUUCUUCUUUAAUUCUUGUUAUUUUGUAUUGACUAUUUGGCUUGGUCAUUGACCUCCUUGUGUGAUCUGUCCACAGGAAAGGAUACUGAAAGCUGGGGAUUGUCUUAUAAAGGCACGUUUUGGCACAGAUGCAGCAGCCGACAAUACACCGAACCAUUCUAUGAUCGAGGCACUGUGAUCGGAGUUCAUCUGAACCUAAAGGAAGGGACACUGACAUUUUACAAAAACAGACAAUGUCUGGGACUGGCCUUCACAGGGCUGCAUAAGGUACAAGUGGAGAGGGUACAAGGUGUAUGGCGAUAUAUUAACCCUGGAUAUACCUGUAUAUUAACAGAUCAUAGGACAUUAGAGGGUGCUGUUCACAUCACGUGUUACAAAAUGUUAAAGAGAGUAGACCAUUGCGUAAUGAUUCUUUAUAUCCAUUGUACAGCCCUACGGAAUUUUGCUGGCUCUAUAAAAAAUAAUAAUAAUAAUAAUGAUGAUGAUAAUUAACCCAUUCUGACAUGUGCGUUAUCUACUAAACUCAGAAUUUUCACUGAGCAAAUUCAAAAUGGUAAAACCGGGGCAAAAGUAGCCAAGUUGUAGAGUUUUUCCAGAUCAGCGUUUGUUGCCUCCGUUUUUCCAUUCAGAUUCAAUUCACAAAUAUUCAGUUUAGUUUUAUGGGGUUUUUUUUCCCCCUAAAAUAUUUUACAGGGGAACAAUACCAAUACCAAAGCAAUUUUUUGGGAGAGAUAAAGGGUUUAAGUGAAAGGACAGUUUAUAUUAUGGCCCAAAACUAAUUCCCCAAAUUAAAAAUAAAUCUUUAAAAAAAACUAUUCUAACCUUAUCUGACAGUUAGCUGGCAAGUUGAAGUGGUUAUGGUGCCUAGAGUGUCUCUAAAAUUGUUGCAUAGAAAGGACAUGAUGCACGUGAGAAUUAAAAUUAAAAUACUCGGUCUCUGUCUCCACUGGACACAUAUGGAACUGCAGGUGGAGGAGUGGAGGCAUAACAACCCAGACAGCAGUAAUGUGUGUUCUGAUUGUAAUGUUUGUUUUAUUUAUUUCUUACAAGUGAAGCGGCACUGAUUUAAAGUGUAAAAUAACCCCAAAUUAAAAGGAAAACUAUGAGUUAAAAUCGACCUCCUAUUCUCAAUUAUAUAGAUACAUUGUAUUGCUAAAACGGAUUGAGAAUUUCCAGUUUCGCAAUAUUACAGAAGGUCUGAUGGACCAAGGGACAGAGCUAAAUGUCAAACCAUUCAAAAACAACUUAACUUAUUGCCAUGGGAGGUUAAUAAGGGAUUCCUGGCACCAUAAUCACUACAGUGCACUGAGGUAGUUAAGGUGCCAGGAAUGCCUGACAUUGUCCCACAGUAAGAUGUCAAAUUGUCUUGACAACUUUUUUGGGUCUCGCCAGGCACCUGUGCUGCAUAUCUUUGGGUACCAGCAGAAGCCUAAUUUUAUCAAAGCUCUCAAAUAGUUUGAUAAAUAAUGGGGAGAUCUCACUCAAAUCCUCCUUGCACCAUAACUACUACAAUAAUUUAAUAAGUAAUAAUAAAGAAGUACAAUUUACUAAGUAAUUAAAGGCCAAAGAUCUAUUUUUUUACAGCCAUUUGUGAAGUUUUUUGUUUUGUUUUAAGGUGCUGUCACCGUUAUAUCCAAUGGUCUCCUCCACAGCGCCUGGCAUUGAGUUGUCAUUGGGUUUACGUAGUUCCACUCUACCUACCUUGGAAGAAAGAUGUCUCAGCACUUUGGCUCACGGCCUGGCCAAAAAGGACCUGGUGGAUUUGCUGCCUCUUCCAGUAGCAGUGAGGUGGAAACUCAAAAGUUUAAAAGAGGGCUGCGAUCGAGAUGCUCUGGCACCUGAACUCUAGUAAGAGGACCCACACAUAAUGGAAUAACGUGACAUUAUUCUGUGUCCACCACUGAACUGGCUUAGUACAGAGAAUGCGGCAAGGGACUUGGGGUUUCUCUUCUGCUGUGAGACCCUAUUAUCAUCUCAUUAUUCUGAUGUAGUGAUGGACAUCAGCCUUCCUACCAGCUUGUGUACAAGGAAGCUCAGAGUAUCCAAGCAGAAGAUAUACUAGAAAAACUUAGUAUUUUUUUACUCUAGUUCCAAAAAAGUGUGCUUCCUUAGUGCAAAGACCUUUCAGUCUGUGAGUUUAUUUGGGAGGAGAUCCCAACAGCUUAUUGAAAAAGUCUUCAGUAGGGAAGUUGGGGCAGUGGCCAAUGUAAUCACUAUAAUUUACCUUGUGUGCAGUUUACUUGACUUGCAGGAUAGAAUUCUCAUGGACUUUUUUUUAUUUUUAGUCGACAAGCUGAAUGCUCAGAGAAUACUGUAGUUACUAAGAAAGGAGUAUAUAACUCAUUUGAUUUUUCAUCCUCAACCUACAACAUCUUAAUUUUACUUGAAGGAACAUGUUUAUCUAUAACCCCAUGACAAUCCAUUCAUUGUAUCUGUUAUGGUCCCCAUACAACCACCCUCUCUACUCUUGUGAAUGUAUUGAUCAUUUGUACAUUGGAUCUACUUUCCAUAAUUCUGGUCAUUUAACCACUGACCCAAAAAGGCCACAGGAGAGUACAUUAAUCAAUUGAUGUGAUAAAGACGACGACGAUUGUAUUGUCACCCAGAGGAUUUGUCUGUGUGCAACAUGGAUACAAAGGGAAAAAGGAGUUUUGAUCUCAAAUCAUUUGUGUAAUAGAAGAAUCAAGAAAUUACCUUUAAAAAUCAUGUUAAAGGGGAAAUGUAUGCACCACUCUCUGCCCAGCACUGCCAUCAAGGUUGGACUGCAUGGUGAUGCAAAAGUAUAAAUGUCAUCAUAUCGAUACAGAUGAAUAGGAAGACCAUGUUUGCGUGAUUGGUGUGUUUUGUUGUUUUAUGUGUGUUUGGUUUUUGUCAAACAGCGCUCAACUCUUUUUAUAUACUUGGUAUAAUGUUUAGGAUUCGACUGUAGCAAGAUCAAUACAUGUUAUAAUUUAUAUAUAUAUCUCCAAUUGCCCAGAGCACCUGCCUUACAAAUACUUCUCAUUGAGCUGCAUUGGGAAGUCUGUGAUUGGACAUCCACAGAAGGUCUGGGCGGGGUUAGAAGGGGAGGGCUUACACAGACAACAGCUUUUGCAAGCUAUUUAUAGAUAUAUAUAUAUUUAUAUACACAAUUUCUAUUAUUUCUCAACACUGUGUAAUUUAAUGGUGGCAAGUAAGGGGCAGUAGUGUUGAAAUUUAUUAAGAUCCUCUAAAUCUAAAGGAUUGUAAUAAACAAGAACAAACCACCAUAUUUCUGGAAGUUACAGCAAUGAGUAAAAUAUUACAAAUCAUCUAUAAACUUGUGCUAAAAAAAAAAAAAAAAAAAUGUUAAGUGAUACUUCCAUUUGUUUUAAAUGUAGAUUAGCCAGGGAACAAGUUGCAUUGCAAGAAUAGAAACCUUGUCAUACUAUGUUCAAUGAUUUAAAAAGGGCAGAACUUACAACAAUGAUUGUCAGGGAGAUAUGAAUAGAACACUGUGUUCCACCAUAAAGCAGCAUGAAUUUCUGCUUUUUUAUUUUAUUUUUUAGACUUCAAACACAUAUUUGUAAAAACCUGGCAAAGCCAAGAUUCCCGAUUUAGAAGGAAGGAACAUUUAGGAGAGAAAAGAAUAAAGACGUUCUCUCUCCUUCCUUCCCUCCCACCCUCUCCUCAUAAAGAUACAUUGAAUAGCCUCCCAGCAGAGGUGGUAGAUAUAAAUAAAAAUGGCAAAUUCGCGAAAUGGCAGUAUGCAGGCUAUAUAGGACCAGUGGAUUUGUUUGCGUUUAAAAACUCAUGGGGGUUUAUUCACUGAACAGUGAAUUACGGGGAACUGAAUAGAGGAUUAUCAAAAUUUACACCAAAUAGCCUAAUAUAUUAUAUUAUUGCCCUAAGGUUAUGCAGACAUUGUUUCAGUUAUUUGAGAUUUACAGUGAAUAUAAACUUAUAUAUGGCUGUGUGUUAUAUUUAAUCCUGUACUGACAGAUAGACGUGACUAAUCCAGCUGUUUAUUAGAUCCCAUGACACUUUAUCUGUACAAACAGGAUGGUGUCAAUAACAUGUUUUUCUGGCGUACGCGGACAGCAUGUUUUGUUGAUUUUUAUUUUCCUAACUGUUGUACUUUGACCCACGUUAUCAACUCCAUCUCCUCUCCAGCAGCAGCCAAUCACAGAAGACUUUUUUUUUUUUUUUUUUUUUAAAUCAGAUUCUGAAAAGAAAAAAAACUAAACGAGAAAUACUCUGUGCAGCAAAUUAUCAUUUAUAUCCUUGGGCGGGAUGUGUUAAUGAGAUCACUCUCGAACAGGCUGGCCAAACUGUGCCGCCCCUAACUACAGCUCCUAUAACUCACAGUCAGCCAUAGAGUAGUAGAGAAUUAUGGGAGCAUUACGCCAAUGUUACAGGGGGGAGAGAAAUUCUCUUGGUUUAACGUUUGAAAUUUGUGGAAAUGUAUCUACAGAAAAGGAUAGAUCGCUUCCUGCAUUACCCAUACAAAGCACAGUAGUUACCUCAUACAGUAAAGUAAUUUGCAGCUUCAUUUAUACAUUGGAAUAACAGGAUUGCAUUAAAAGAGUGCUAAUAAAUAUUGUACAGCGCUGCGGCAUAAGUUGGCACUCUAUAACUGGCAAUAAUAACAAAAAACAAGAUCCCUCCUAUUUACUGUAUAAAGGAACUCACCAGGCAAGUCCCCUUCAGUUCAUAACAAGAAAAUCACGGUCUCAGAUACUGCUAAAUGGUAUUCAUUUUAAGGGAGGGAGAAUUAUACUGCCACCAUAUUAACCCCUUAAGGACACAACUUCUGAAAUAAAAUGGAAUCAUGACGGAAUAUUUCCGUCAUGUGUCCUUAAGGGGUUAAGGAAAAAGGAGUUUACGGGAAGUAAACAUUUUUUUUUCCUGGCAUAUGGUGGGAGUAUACAGUAUGGAUAUAGUAGGAUCCCAGAUAACAGGGUGGGACUUAAGCAACCACAGCUUGUAGCACCUUCUACCCGAAAGCAGCCUCGGUGGAUGAGAAAAUGUCUAUGUAAUAUGUGAUGAAGGUGUUAAAAGUUGGCCAGGUAGCUGCUUUACAAAUAUCUUCAGGUGAAGCAUGCAAUCCCUCUGCCUAAGAAGUACCAUUGCUCUGGUAGAACGUGCCUUCAUUGAAACCGGUAACAACGGAAGACCACUGGAAGAAUACGUCAACCUGAUUGUUUCCACCGGUCAUCUCAAUAGCGUAUUUUUAAAGACUUCUUUUCAUUGAAAUUGAUGAUAAGGUUAUCCGAAUUUUAAAUAAAUAGUGGGCAAUUUAAAUCUGCAAGGCCCUAACAUCCAAAAUAUGCCAUUUCUUUUAUUGAGCGGAAGAGGCAGCGCUACAAAAAGGAAGGAGGACAAUAGGUUGAUUAAUUGUUUUGUUAGAAAGCACUUUAGACUAAAAGGAAGGCUUUGGAUGAAGGAUGACUUUAUCUGGGUGAUAUUGUAGAUUCCUCAGAAGAAGACAGUGCUUGGAUUUCACCAACUAUUUUAGAUGAAAUGGCAGCCACCAGAAAUAGUUUUUGUGGAGAAUAGCUUUAAUGAAAUUUCUUCCAAGGGAGGUUCGCAAAGUGCCUUCAGCACUACAGAUAGAUCCCAGGUAGGGAAGAAUUACUUGCGAGAGGUCUGAUUGCCUUGAAGAAUGUAAGAAUCAGGAUAUUCUUAGCUAAACCCUUAACAAGGAAGUGACACAAAGCAGAUAGAUGGACUUUAAGAGUAGAGACACUCAGACUGGAGGCAAAACCACAUUGCAGGAAAUGUAGCAUGGUGUCCAUAGAUGGGUGACUAUCUAUGGACUAACUGAAAACAGUUAUGGUCCCUACACCAAUGGGAAAAAAACAAAAUUACCCCAAAUCUCAAAUAUUUCUUAGAUGUAGACUUCCUGGUAGAGUCAAGUGGUAGAUUAAAAGUGCUCUCUGUAUACCAUGAUGGUGCAGAAUUAGCCUUGCAGCAGCCAUGCCGUCAAUUUGAACAUUCGAAUGGUUUCCAGAGAUAGAUCCCGGUUCACUAUAAGUUGAGUCAAAAGUGAAAGUCCCCAAUAUGUUGAAGCCAUCAUCCUCAAUUCCGAGAACCAGCUUCAGUUCGGCCAGGAUGGGAGGAUAGCUAGAACUACGGCCUUGUCCAUUUUAAUCUUCAGAUUCACUCUUGGAAUGAGACUUACUGGAGGGAAAAAAUGCUAGUUUAAAAUCCCAUUUGACCAACAUACCAUCUAGGAAGUGAGGAUAAUCUCUUCUGUAGAGGGCACAAAGACAGGAACCUUUCUGUUCUCUCUUCUGGCCAUCAUGUUCACUGCUAGAAGCCCAAUUUUGUUUUAUGAGAAAUGAAAAUAUGUCUGGGUGACAUUUUGUCUGAGACCAUUUCGCUCUGCUGCGGUCAUCUGCAAGGAUAUUGUUGAUGUCUCUUAUGUGUGUAGCGGAC